GCAAAAUGCAAAAACGAAUCCAAACGAAAUCAUUGUAAAUAAUGUCAAGUUACCUAACACAAUAUAUCAGUACCGAAGGAAUAAAAUCAAACUACUAAUGCAAUCAACAAUCUGUGAUAUUUAAAGUAACUAAAACCUUUGUGUGCAGCAAUGACUUAAUGCACACACCAACUUAAAUUUACGUUUCGGUUUACACAACAACCAAAAAAUUUAAUUGAAAAACUAGUUGUUAGCCAAAUGUUGAGCCCGAAAAUGCAACGUUCGGUUCGUGUAAACGACACACAACUUCUUAUGCUAGCAGAACGAGCGCAAUAUGAUCAUUCAAUGCAUGGACUACUUCAGAAACGGUCGUCCGACAAUCACAAAUGGCAACUUAGAUGGUUUAUUCUCUAUCAGAAUUUACUCUUUUACUACGAAACAGAAACGUCGACUAGACCUUCUGGCCUAAUAUUUUUAGAAGGAAGCUACUGUGAACGUUUAAUUGCACCCAAUUGUAUAGGUCCUCCUGGUAUAUCGAGUCCUAUGCAUAAACCACACAAAGAAGAGAAACUUCAGCAUUGUUUCUCGAUAUCAUAUCGACGUGAAAACCAAAGGCAAUACGACUUGAAAGCGGCAAAUGAAUCAGAGUGUGCUACAUGGAUUGUGGCAAUACGUGAAGCAAGUUUCAAUAAGCUGCUGUUACAAAAAGAAGAACUCGAACAGAAGCACGUGCACUUGCUCCAAGUGGUCGAAAGUGAGAAGACUGCUAAGUGGCAGUACACCCAACAGUGCGAAGAAUUGGCAUCCGAAAUUAAGAAGCUGCGCGCUGAGAUUUGUUCAUUGCGUCGAGAAUAUUCACAUCGUCCAUCGGUAUCUCAAACACCUGUCGGUCGAGGUAGCUUCAGUGCGGGCUCAGCAAACGCAGAUGAUAAUUGCUCGUUAAGUGGCUUUUCCGAUCAGGUGCAAGACACCGCCGAAUUGAGAAAGAUCAAAAAAGUCCAAAGCUUCUUCCGUGGCUGGUUGUGCCGACGACGUUGGAAGCAGAUCGUUGAGGAAUACAUCAAAUCACCGCACGCUGAAAGUAUGCGCAAGCGAAACAGUUUGGUAUUUAGCAUGGUCGAAGCGGAAGAAGAGUAUAUGGAACAAUUGGAAGUGUUGGUCAGUUGUUUCUAUCGGCCAUUUAAAAUGGCGGCCAGCUCGAAGAAGCCACCAUGUUCGCAUGAAGACGUUAACUCAAUAUUCCUUAACUGCGAAACGGUGCUAUUUCUUCAUCAAAUAUUCCUCAAAGGUCUCACCUCACGCUUAGAAUCUUGGCCAACGCUGGUUCUAGGUGACCUAUUCGAUAUGUUGCUGCCGAUGUUGAGUAUAUACCAGGAAUAUGUGCGAAAUCAUCACUACAGUCUACAAGUUCUAACCGAAUGUAAAGUAAAUAAUGCAGCUUUUGCAGCCGUUCUGAAACGACUGGAAGGAAAAGCGGCCUGUCAAGGUCGAUGUAUCGAAACCUUUUUGACGUAUCCAAUGCAUCAGAUACCAAGGUACAUUAUAACGUUACACGAGCUAUUAGCACAUACUCCACACGACCAUGUCGAACGGAAGAGUCUAACCAAUGCCAGGCAGCAAUUGGAAGAUCUAUCACGUCAGAUGCACGACGAGGUAUCGGAAACGGAAAAUUUGCGGAAAAAUUUGGCGGUUGAGAGGAUGAUUGUUGAAGGCUGUGACAUACUGCUGGAUGUGAACCAAGUGUUUGUGCGGCAAGGAAGUCUGGUUCAAGUACCGCCUGGUAAGGGACGAAUACGAAGUCGUUUAACAUUUAAGAGCGAGAGGGAAUCGGUACGACAAUGUUUUCUCUUUUCGAACAAUUUGAUCAUUGCUACAAGGACUUCGGGUGGGAGAUUGCAUCUAUUGCCGGACGUUGGGAAGAUUCUUCUCGCUGAGGCCACUCUAAUCGAAGAUCCGAGUAGUGAUUCCGAGAGAGACGAUGAGGACGCCGAAGUAUUGUCGCAACGCACCCAAGGCAGUACAUUCAGUGUGAACGAAUCGGUUGUCAGCACCAGCAAUCGUGACUUCAAAAUUGUGGUCGAUCUGAAAUCGGGUGUACGUCACUGCAUCCAUUUGGUGGCGUCGACCGUACAGGAAAAGGAGGCAUGGAUCAGCGACAUAUCCCAAUGCAUGGACAAUAUUCAUUUGCAUUCGAUGCUGUCGCCGGGACUAGUUGGCUCGUCCGGGGGUUCCAUAGCUGCCCACCAUGCUUUAAAAACUGAUCCUCGAUUAUUUAAAGAUGAUGUUGACAUACGCUUCUCAAGGACUUUAAAUUCUUGUAAACUUCCUCAAGUUCGCUAUGCUACACCUGAGAGAUUGUUACAACGCUUAACAGAUCUUCGGUUUCUAUCUAUUGACUUUCUGAACACUUUUCUGCUUACGUACCGUGUAUUCACCGAUAGCGAAACAGUUUUAAAUGCACUCAAAAAGGUGUUCUACGAUCCAUCCAACGAUGAACCAUGCGACUGUGAACCGCAAACCGAUUUUCUUGAUAUACCCGGAGGUGAUGAUGGCCAAUAUUCACCACGUCGAACAUCGGGUGCUAGUUCCGUUUCCGGAUAUUGCUCGGAGGGACCCGAUCGAGACCGUUCGCUCAGUCAAGAUUCCACUUCGUUAAAGCCAAAGGGAAAACGCAUUCUAACCAAUCAGUCAACGGAAGAAGGGCUAUCCUGGAUACCGGAAAUGUGCGGUCCAACGAUAAUCAAAGAAUCGGAAGACUGUGACAUCAAUGAGGCCCUAUCGCAUGAUGUGGUAACUUCAAUUGAAAUUACUACGACCACCUCGCAAUCGGACAAUUUAUUGUCCAUUCCGGCGACAACCAUUGCAACGUCUAACAGUUUGGACACGUUGACAGAGAGUACUCUCAGUGGGCCGUCAUCACCAUCAAAUCUGAGUUCAGUGACUCUCGUCGGUUCGACGGGAUCGGGAAGCUUCGAAAGAACAGAGUCGAUAACAACUGAAUUAUCAUCAACAACUUCGACAACAACGACUGCUACCACAACCAUAUCAGCGACAAGCGAAUCCAAACAAUAUAAAUUUGGCACAGCUCCCACAGCUCCGUUGCCCGAACGAAUUCGACCGAAAGUAACUGCAUCAAAGGAAUCGGAUUCAUCGAAAAUUGUAAUAACCCCGUCACUUCCGCCAACCGUCACAACGACACACUAUGUAGAAAGUACAGAACAGACAGCCAGUCAAGAAUUGCAUCAGAAAAUGGUCGAAAUCGAUGAACCAAGGCCAAAGAGUAGAUCGUCAUCGACUGUGUCAUCUUUACAGCCUCACAAAACAUUGUUGGACCGCAGACCGAGUGCUGGAGCUAAUAUUCAAAUACCUCAUGCUGCUCUGUGUCAACACCGGCACAGUCUGCAACUAAAUGGGGACUCUGGUUUGCCUCGCGGGAGUGAACGUUCUAGUCCACGAUCAUUUCAUCGGAUUCAGAAAACACCCGAAAAAACACGCAAACAUCUGUUUGGAACUCCUCAAAAAGAGCCACCCAGAAGGUUCUCCGAAAGCGAUGAUGAUAUGUCGUCCUCAUUAUACACUACCCCAAGGGGUUCUUUAGGUGGAUCGUCGCUCGGAACCAUGUCACCAAGAGCAUCUAUUCAACAGGAACCGAUCAAUCACUGUAGCAGUAAGGUGGGCGUAGUUAUAACAUCGUACAGGCAGUCCCAACGCAGUUUGGAUCCUGAUGCGUUGUGGAGUAGUACGUCAACUGCUGCAGCUGCAUUUGCAGUGGCGACAUCUGCAUCAAGCAAUCCACGCGACGAGCCCCCUGAGUUACGAUCGUCCAAUCGUAAAGAAUCUGUGGUUAGUUCACCAGCCACCAUGCGGGUGCUAAAUGUGUUAAGGCAUUGGGUGUCCAAACAUUUUCAGGAUUUCGAACAAGAUGUUAAUCUGCGUUCUCAGGCCAUUGUAUUUUUGGAGGACAUCACAUGCAGUCCGAACUUGUUACCGUCCGAACAUCGUGCUGCCUCACAGUUAUUACGGUUGUUAGUUCGUGAUGAUUUAGACUGCGGGCGGCAGCAAUUGGAAAUUUUACUAUCACAGCCGUUGGUUGCCAGUAAAGACAGCAUCGAAACGUUGUCGGCUCUAGAAAUUGCUGAACAGAUGACGUAUUUGGAUCACCAGAUUUUUAUGAAUAUUCGAAGCGAAGAGUUCCUGGGGCAGUCCUGGAUGAAAUCGAACAAAAAGACCAGAGCCGAACAUAUUAUCCAAAUGACUAAGCGAUUCAAUGAUGGAUCAAGACUAGUAUCAUCGGAAAUAAUAUCAAGAAGUAGCAUAUCGUCCCGUGUCGCUGCUAUUGAAAAAUGGACGGCCGUAGCUGACAUCUGCCGUUGUCUGCACAAUUUCAAUGGCGUGUUGCAAGUGUGUGCAGCAUUCACGAACGCAGCCGUGUUUCGCUUGAAAAAAACCUGGGACAAAGUUCCGAAAACGAUUAAACACACAAUUACCAAACUACAAGCUGUUAUUUGCUCGGAUGGUCGAUUUCGUGCCAUGCGUGAAGCGUUACACCGCUGUGAUCCACCGUGUAUACCGUAUUUGGGAAUGUACUUGACGGACUUGUCGUUUAUUGAAGAGGGUACACCCGACUUUACACAGGAUCGGUUGCUCAAUUUCUCCAAAAUGAGAAUGGUGGCUCACGUCAUUCGUGAAAUUCGACAUUUUCAACAGACGCCAUACAAAAUCGAUCACAUACCAAGGGUAACUGCAUACUUGUUAGAUUCAUCCUUACUGCUGGACGAUGAGGAGCUAUACGGCCGUUCAUUACAAAUCGAACCGCGAAGUUCACGGUUAAGUGCCCCCAAUACACAGUUGGUGUAAAUCGGAUAUGGAAUGAAGAAGCGACUCGCAUGAAACAUGAAACAUGUAAGUUGUUAAUGAGUAAAAGAUUGGACAUUUUAUGGUGGAUUAUUAUUACUUCUGUUCGCUAACAAAAUUCUACGUAGAUAAUAAUAUAAAAUAGAGAUGAAGGGAGAGAGAGAGAGCGGGGAGAGAGCUAGAUAUAAUAUAUGGAAAAAAUUCGAGAGACAUUUUAAAUGUAAAUCGUAAGUGUUGUUGAUCCAAAGAAAAUUUAUGAAAAGAAAACCAAAAAAUUAUAAAUAAUAGUUACACUUUAA